CAGACACUUGAAGAAAGACGGAAGUCCCUAUUUAAAUCAGUCACUCAAACAAGUCAUGAACAAGCUUCACUAACAGUAAUGGUGCAGUCUGCGAUUGCAGGAGCAUUAGUAUCUUUAAAGUAUCUUCCUGAAAAAUUAAAUCCAAUUAUUAGACCUUUGAUGGAAUCUAUAAAACGUGAAGAAAAGGAAUUGUAUCAGCAAACUUCUGCCAUUCACCUUGUCAAUUUGAUGGAAUUAUGUUUUCCUAGAAGCAACUGCCCAAAUCAUAAGAUCAUAAAAAAUCUCAUAAACUUUUUAUGUUAUGAUGUCAUUAAUAUGGACUUCACCAGUAUGGAUCAGUUUCAUAGGAAUAUUGAAAAGAAUAAUGUAAAAGAAAAUUCCAGCAGCAAUAAAGAUCUUGAAAUAAUAACUUUGACAAAUAUGCAAAAGUCAGCUGAAAAGGUAUUUCUUAGGAGAAGUAACUCUAUAGCUUCAAAGAAAAAUGCAAACUUGCAGCUUGACGAAGUAACUUCAGAGGAUGAGUCUCAAAAAAUAAAUGAACUUCAAGCACGAGGUGCCAUUUAUGUAUUUACAAAUGCUGCUAAACGUUUUGGAUUAGAAUUGCCUACAAAACUACCAAAAUUGUGGGAAGCAAUGUUUCAGCCUCUAACAGAGUUCAUCAAACCUGAUGAAUCAGGUGACGAGCUAUUUUCACAGAAUAUCAACUUCACUGAACUACUAUGUAGUUUACAGAUACUGAAUAUUAUUUGUUCAUUUUUUCAUGAAAAGUUACAUUUAGAGCUGGAAAAUGUUAUAUGUCAUGUGUGCUGUUGUCUGGAGCAUCCAUUACCUAUUAUACGACAUAAAGCUGCUAGUUGCUUGGGGAAGUUAAGUAAAGUUAUUACUGUGAAAACUAUGAACAUUGUUCUUGAUAAAGUCCUUUCAAAAUUAGGUGCGACAGAUAAUGAUGUGCAACGGCAAGGUGCAGUUGAAGCCAUAGCUUGUAUAAUUGAUGAACUAGGUUUGGAUAUAGUACCAUACAUUGUAUUUCUGAUUGUUCCUAUGCUAGGUCGAAUGUCUGAUAAAAACGAACAAGUCAGACUUUUAGCUACAUAUUGUUUUGCUUCAUUAAUAAAGCUUAUGCCUCUUGAAGGAGGGGUAAAAAGUCCACCACUAUUGAAUCCCGAAUUGCUGGAGAAAAAAGAGCAAGAAAGACUUUUUCUUGAACGACUUAUGAAUCCUAAGAAGGUCGAACCAUUCAUCAUUCCAGUACCUGUGAAUGCUGAACUUCGGUCUUAUCAACAGGAAGGAGUUAACUGGCUUGCUUUCCUAAAUAAAUAUAAACUCCAUGGUAUAUUAUGUGAUGACAUGGGUCUGGGCAAAACUCUUCAAUCAAUCUGUAUAUUAGCUGGAGAUCACUUUUUAAGGGAACAAACAUAUAAUGAGACAAAAAGACCAGACUGCAAACCUCUUCCAUCUUUAGUAGUCUGUCCACCAACUCUGACUGGUCAUUGGAUGUAUGAAGUGGAAAAGUUUGUUAGUUCUCUUUAUCUUAAUCCUAUUCAUUAUACUGGCCCACCAAUUGAAAGGAUGAGGCUAAGAUCUAAAGCCAAAAAACACAACUUGGUUAUUGCUUCAUAUGACAUAGUGCGAAAUGACAUUGAAUUUUUUGGAUCCAUCCAUUGGAAUUAUUGCAUUCUUGAUGAAGGCCACAUAAUUAAGAAUGGUAAAACAAAGUUGGCUCAGGCAAUCAAGCAGUUAUCUGCAAAUCAUCGCUUGAUUUUAUCUGGCACACCUAUUCAAAAUAAUGUCUUGGAAUUAUGGUCACUUUUUGACUUUUUAAUGCCUGGCUUCUUGGGAACAGAAAAACAAUUCACAGCCCGAUAUAGUAAACCUAUUUUACAAAGCAGGGAUGCCAAAUCAUCUUCAAAAGAACAAGAAACUGGUGUUCUAGCAAUGGAAUCAUUACAUCGUCAAGUAUUACCUUUUCUUUUAAGAAGAAUGAAGGAGGAUGUACUUAAAGAUCUACCGCCUAAAAUUAUUCAAGAUUAUUAUUGUGAAUUAAGCCCAUUACAGGUACAAUUAUAUGAAGAUUUUGCAAAAAGUAGAGCUAGGCAAUCUGUUGAAGAUGUUAUCACUGAAGGUGAAGCUUCAAAUUCUCCUGCUGGAACUUCUCAUAUAUUCCAAGCUCUACAGUACUUACGGAAAGUAUGCAAUCAUCCUAAACUUGUAUUGUCACCAGCUCAUCCAGAAUAUGAAACCAUUACUAAACAAUUGAAACAAUAUAAUUCAAGUUUACAGGAUAUUAACCAUGCUGCUAAACUUUGUGCUUUAAGGCAAUUGCUUCAAGAUUGUGGAAUUGGUGCUCCAGUAUCCAACUCAGAACAAAAUGAACCUACCCCAGUGGUGAAUCAACACAGAGCUUUAGUAUUUUGCCAGCUGAAAAGCAUGCUUGAUAUAUUGGAAAAUGACUUAUUUAAACCUUUAAUGCCAACUGUUAGUUAUGUUCGACUAGAUGGCAGCAUUGCUCCUGGCAUGCGACAUUCAGUUGUUCAUAGAUUUAAUAAUGAUCCUUCAAUAGAUGUAUUAUUGCUUACAACACUAGUAGGAGGACUAGGGUUGAAUCUCACUGGUGCUGACACUGUCAUAUUUGUUGAACAUGACUGGAAUCCUAUGAAGGACCUUCAGGCUAUGGAUCGAGCUCAUAGAAUAGGUCAGAAGAAAGUUGUGAAUGUUUAUAGAUUAAUUACAAGAGGAACACUUGAAGAAAAAAUCAUGGGGCUCCAAAAGUUUAAAUUAUCUGUUGCUAAUUCUGUGAUAAAUCAAGAGAAUACAAGCCUCCAGAACAUGGGAACAGAUCAACUGCUUGAUUUGUUUACUUUAAAUAACAAAGGCGAAAAAUUUUCUGCAUCUAAUUCAAGUGGGGAACAAUCAAGAGAUGUCAAAGUGAAAGGAAUCAAAUCUGUGCUUGACAAUUUGCCUGAACUCUGGGAUACAUCUCAAUAUGAAGCUGAAUAUGAUCUUUCUAACUUUCUCAAGUCUCUGAAGACUAAAAGUUUUUGCGGUCUACCCAACAAGCAAAGAUUGAUUCUAUUCCGGAAAAUUAGAAUCAGAAACACCCCAGAUUGGUAAGUCUCUUUCUUUUCCUUUAUUUAGUUCUUUAUUCUCCCAAUACCGGCAGCUGUUGAAUCCGAUUGCUUAAUAUCAUAUAGGGAAGAAUUACAGCGCAUGUAUUGCACAAUAACGUUUGCUGUAUUUUGCAUUGAUAAUUAAGUUUGAUGUUCAGUCUGAGAUUUGGUUAUGAACACUUAAAUGAGUUUUACUGUACCUUUCUAAGCAGAAUAUUUCUCAGUUCCGUUGGUCUAUUUUUAUAUGAUGCACAUAUCGAAAUGUCAAAAUCAUUUAUUUAGCCUAAAUUUAAAUCUAAAGAACGGCUACAAUCUUCCCCACUCC